GUUUACAAUUUCGCCGGCGAGAGUUUUUCAGCAGCCACCACGUUAUUUCAUGAUUACUUUCAGUUGCAAAAUUCCAAAUUGCUAGAGGGGUUUUGUCGGAUUCAGCAAGGCGCGAAAAGCUUCUGGUGCCUAACGUUCUACACAACGCGUGCAAUUGGACUGUGAAAAGUUUGUGAUUUCUCGUCGCGAUGAACGCUGCCCGUGGCUCCGGUGCUCCCGGAUUCGUCGGCAUCAAGUUCUGCCAGGAGUGCAACAACAUGCUGUACCCAAAGGAGGACAAGGAGAAUAAGGUGCUGCUGUACGCCUGUCGUAAUUGUGACUACAAGCAGAUCGCCGACAACAACUGCAUCUACGUCAACAAGAUCAUGCACGAGGUCGAUGAGCUGACGCAGAUCGUCGCCGAUGUGAUAUCAGACCCGACCCUGCCCCGGACAGAAGACCACGCCUGUCCGGCCUGCGACAACCGAGAGGCUGUCUUCUUCCAGGCACAGUCCCGACGAGCUGAGGAGGAGAUGAAGCUCUACUACGUGUGUACAAACCCCGACUGCAAGCACCGCUGGUCUGAGUGACAGACACCCGCCCCGCCCGUACCGCCCGUCCGUACCGUCACCCCAGGACGCCCCCGCGCCGUCACACCGCCCGGGCGUGACGCGCGAGGUCGGCCGUCACGUCAUAUCGUCACAUCAUCGCAUCACAUCCUGUGCGCUGAUCUGCUCGCUCCAUGCCCUCGCCUGUCGCUGGGAGGCGGCGGCUCUGUGACACUCUGCGCUGCGUGGAGGUGUGUCGCCAGCUCGUUUUUUGUCAUCGUCUCCAGUGUGCGUGGCUGGUGAAUACAACUGGCCAGCGCUGUU